CCCCUCCCGACUAGCGUCUGAGCGCGGCUCGGGGAGGCGGCGGCCGCGGCCGCGGGUUUGCAUGUGCAGCGGAGGGAGGAAUCCCGAGGCCGCCCGCCCGGCACCACAAAUCCUGGGAAGUUGCCUGAGUUGGUGGCCGGUUGGAUUCUGCCCCCGGCUCCUUCCCGGGCCACGACCCCGACCUUGGCGUCUCACGAGAGCCGAGCCUCUGCCGGAAGGAAGAGGGCAAGCGAGACCCAGCAGGACACCUCGACGCACUUUGUGGUUCGUGUGAGCUGCAGGGGCCAGAGAGAAAUAGUUGGAGAGCCAGGGUGAUAACCUGUCCAUGAAGCGUCCUCUCUUCUGACCAGAGCUCCGUGGUCAGUGUGGCGUAAAUGGCUCCACUCCCUGCCGGCAUUCGCUUCAUCAUCUCAUUCUCCCGGGAUCAGUGGUACAGAGCCUUCAUUUUUAUUUUAACAUUUUUGCUGUAUGCAAGUUUCCACCUGUCCCGAAAGCCUAUCAGCAUAGUUAAGGGCGAGCUCCACAGGUACUGCACUGCCCUGCACGGGGAGGAGGUCGAAUUCAAAAGCCAGAGCCAGAAAGCCAGUGGCACCCCCUCCCACCGGCCAGCAGACAAUGAGACGGACUGCAGCUGGGCCCCGUUUGACCAGGAUAACUACCAGCAGCUGCUCGGGGCCCUGGAUUACUCGUUCCUGUGCGCAUAUGCCAUUGGCAUGUACCUGAGCGGCAUCAUAGGGGAACGCCUGCCCAUUCGGUAUUAUCUCACGUUUGGGAUGCUGGCCAGUGGCGCUUUCACUGCCCUGUUUGGGUUGGGCUAUUUCUACAAUAUCCACAGUUUUGGAUUCUACGUGGUAACUCAGAUCAUCAACGGACUGGUGCAGACCACCGGCUGGCCCAGCGUCGUCACCUGCCUCAGCAACUGGUUUGGAAAAGGAAGGCGAGGCUUGAUUAUGGGGGUCUGGAAUUCCCACACCUCGGUGGGCAACAUCCUGGGCUCCUUGAUUGCUGGCUACUGGGUGUCCACGUGCUGGGGCCUGUCCUUCAUCGUUCCCGGGGCCAUCGUGGCAGCCAUGGGGAUAGUGUGCUUUCUGUUUCUCAUCGAACAUCCGAAGGACAUCGCCUGCUCCUCCUCCCUGGUGGCGCCGAAGGGUUGUGAGAACGGCACGCAGAGAGUCAGACUGCAGAAGCAGAUCUUCAUGGACAAGAACAAGUCUCUGGACCCCGAGAUGCAAUGCUUGCUGCUUUCGGACGGGAAGCACCCCGUCCACCAGAACCACAUCGUCGUCCUCCCCGCCGACAGCGGGGGCGGCAUGGCCGCCAUCAGCUUCACUGGAGCCUUGAAGAUCCCCGGUGUGAUCGAGUUCUCUCUGUGUUUGCUGUUUGCGAAGUUGGUCAGCUACACUUUCCUCUUCUGGCUUCCACUGUACAUCACCAAUGUGGAUCACCUUGACGCCAGGCAAGCCGGGGAGCUCUCCACCCUGUUUGACGUGGGCGGGAUCUUCGGUGGGAUCCUGGCAGGUGUGAUCUCAGACCGACUGGAAAAAAGGGCCUCCACCUGCGGCCUGAUGCUGCUGCUGGCGGCCCCGACGCUCUACAUAUUCUCCACCAUCAGCAAAAUGGGCCUAGAAGCCACUAUCGCCAUGCUGCUGCUCAGCGGGGCCCUGGUCAGCGGGCCGUACGCCCUGAUCACGACCGCCGUCUCCGCCGACCUGGGCACACACAAAAGUCUCAAGGGGAACUCCCACGCCCUCGCCACUGUGACUGCCAUCAUUGACGGGACUGGCUCUGUAGGAGCAGCCCUGGGCCCCCUGCUGGCCGGGCUCCUGUCCCCGUCUGGAUGGAACAACGUGUUCUACAUGCUGAUGUUUGCUGACGCCUGUGCCUUACUGUUCCUGAUCCGCCUCAUUCACAAGGAGCUGAGCUGCCCGGGGUCAGCGACCGGGGACCAAGUUCUAUCCAAGGAGCACUGACCACUCGCAUGCCCUGGAGGGAGGCUGGGCCCGUCCUUCACAAACUGUCAAGGAAAAGUUCAAAUAAAGGAUCCUGUGUUGGAAAGAAUGAUUUACCCUUGCCUUUUGCACACACACCUGGAAAAGACCCAAAAGCCACCUUGAGAAGUCCAGGUACUAUUUCAGGAGAGCCGUGGAGCCCACGACAGCGGCAAGAAGGUGCGUGGGAAAUGCUGUCGCCACAGUCGUCGUCCCACUGUCACACUUCCACUGUCGUCCCAGUUGGAGCCUGGGACACACGGCAGCUGCUCGGGGGCUGGCGGGUGGUGCUUGGGCGAGCCUGCGUCUCUCAGGUGUUGCAGUUUGUUAGAGCAGGUGAGCCCUGCGCCCACAGGGACCUUCCCAGGCGUUGCCUGAAUCAGCUGCGUGGGGACUGGCUACCCCCACGGGCACGAGAACGCAGCCAGCACAGAGCCCUGCCUCUGGAGGGACAGGAGAACCCUGACACCUGGAUCUGAAACCAGGGUGGGCCUCAGAGCCCUCACGU